UUAUUUACAAUUAAAAAUGCCUCUUCAACUAAUAAAAGAUAAUUUAUGGGGAAAUAUAUCAAAAUUAAGAAUAACAACUUUAAUAUUAACAAUUUCAGCAGAAUUUCUUUUAUUUAUAGCAACAUUAACGCCUUCCUGGCAAGUUGCGGAAGAUACAGAUAUUCAUAGAAAUAUCCAAAGCGGUCUUUGGAUUUAUUGUCCAGGACAAUCACAAUGCUGGUAUAUAUUUAGUGAUGAUUUAAUUAAUUAUUAUGAACGUGUAGAAGUUUGUCGAUUUUUAUUAAUUGGAGAUUGCCGUAAAAAAUUAUUGAGAACUCCCUACUUUUUUGGUUGGCAUUAUGCUGUUCUUAUUUUAAUGUUUAUUACUUUAUUACUUGGAGGUGGAGCUAUUUUAGCUUUGGGAAUUGGAAUUGUUAAAGAAAACUUACUUAGAACUAUGACUAUAAUUUUGGAUGUUUUGCUGGGGUUUGCUUUUUUACUUUGUGGAAUUGGGUUAGCUGUUUUUAUGAUAAAUGGAGAAAUGUUAGAAUCUCGUUAUUUAAUUGGUGUACAAAAUAUAUUUCCUAAAUCUUAUGGAUAUUCUUUUUAUUUGGCAUGUUGGGCAAUGCUUGUUUUGCUUUUUGCAUUAAUGAGUGCCAUAUUACUUACCAGUUCAGUUUUCUUUUCCCGAGAAGUAGAUGCUGGUUCCCCAGUUCCAUAUGGAGAUUAUGAUGAGGAAUAUAAUAAUAAAGAAAUACUUCCCCCACCAAUAUUAAAAUGGCAACAACAAGAACAAUUUGAAUAUCCUUCACAAUAUUAUCCAGAAAUGGAAGGAAGAAAUAGUAGAAGAAUUGAUGAUAAUAGUUUAAUAUUUAGACAACCUUCUCCUCCUCCACUACAAUAUCAACAAUCUCCAGUAAGAUUUGAAGAUUACAACAACAAUAUAAGACAGCAAACAUUUCAAAAACAUUAUUACGCCCCAAUUAAUGAAAUAACCUCAAUUCCUUAA